CUUCUCCGCCAUUCUUCAUCGCAUUUAUCUCUUCCUCUUCUCCAAGAGUCCACCAGUUCGGAUCAACCUCCUCAUGGAUGCCGGUGGUAAGGUCAAAAAGGGUGCUGGUGGCCGCAAAGGUGGAGGCCCGAAGAAGAAAGCUGUUUCUCGCUCUGUGCGUGCCGGACUCCAGUUCCCCGUCGGUCGUAUCGGCCGAUACCUAAAACAUGGCCGAUAUGCUCGCCGUGUUGGUACCGGUGCCCCUGUUUACCUCGCCGCUGUGCUCGAAUAUCUCGCCGCUGAGGUUUUGGAACUUGCCGGAAACGCGGCGCGUGACAACAAGAAGAAUCGUAUUAUUCCGAGACAUGUGCUUCUCGCCAUUCGGAAUGAUGAUGAGCUUGGGAAACUUUUGGGAAAGGUGACGAUUGCACAUGGUGGUGUUCUUCCGAAUAUUAAUCCUGUGUUGCUUCCGAAGAAGGCGCUGGAAAAGGAGCCGAAGGAAACAGUGAAGAAGGCGAAGAAGUCUCCUAAAAAGGCGGCGUAAGUUAUCGAAUGGUGUUGUUGUUCAUUGCUGUUUUACAUGUAACUUUUUUCUAUCGUGUUUUGUUGUUGCCUUAGAGGUGGCAGGAAUAGAGUAGGGUUUUCCAACGGUUAGUUCUGUAUUGAAAGUGAAAUCCUUCCUGCUUGCCAAAUGUUUAUGUAUUUUUGUAUCAAGAUGAUAUUUUUCCGUUAUUUUGGAAGUAAUUGGACAAUUUGGAUUGCUAAA